GAAUAUGAAUGUAUAGAAUCUCACAGUCAGAGAGAGGAGGAGGAGAAGAAGGAAUGGAAAGUGUGAUGGGAGCUGCAUUGGCUAUGAUGGUGAUGAUGUUGGUGGAAGGGGCGAUGGCAGCCCAGCUUAUGGUGGGAGGGAGCCAAGGUUGGGAUGAGUCCACUGACUUCAAUUCUUGGGCUUCCUCUGAGACCUUCAAGGUUGGAGACCAACUAGUGUUCAAGUACGCUCAGGGGCUGCACAGCGUGGUGGAGCUCGCCGACGAGAGCGCCUACAAGAGCUGCGACACCGGCACCGCCGUCAACUCCAUGAGCUCUGGCAACGACGUCGUCAAGCUGACCAAGCCCGGCACCCGCUACUUCGGCUGCGGCACCCCCGGCCACUGCGGCCAGGGCAUGAAGCUCAAGGUCAAUGUCGCUGCCGGCAGCGCCCCCUCCACCCCCGCCUCCCAGUCAUCUUCUCCGACCACCACCUCCGGCGCCGCUCCCUCCUUCCGCGCUUGGUCUCCCCUGUUCCUGCUCGUUGCGGCGGUGAUUACUCUGUUCGUGCUCGAUUAUUCGAGCAUGUGCUGAUAUUAGCGGUUGCCCUGAAGGUGUUUGAUGAAUUGGCUCGAGGAGGGUGCUACUGCUAUGGAAUGGAGGUAUCACUAUCGCAUAUUCACGUCUUGUUGGGUGGUUUCAUAUACUGAUGAAUGGCUCUGUAUGUCGAGAGUGAAUCUUUUCCAUGUAAAUUAGAGAUAAAAUUAUACAUUUUGAUCACACGCAAAACAUUUUACUGUUUGUUUGUAGUGAUCAGGAGAUCAGUACAGGAGGACUUGUUGGGUAUUUGUAAUCUUUGAUUAUCUUUCAUUGUAUACACAUCCUUGAUUGAGAUAUUCCAGCAGUGUUUUUUUUAUAUCUAA